CAAAGACCAGAGCCAGCCAUAGGGCACCUACAGCUCACUGACUACUGAAGGCUCACACAGACGCCACCACUCAGCUCUCAGCUCCUCGGCAGAGGUGUUAAUCUGGAGGGUCUAUCACGCCCUCCUUCCCACUGGGGUCCUAUCUCUCAGGAUGAUUCCCAAGGAUCAAAAGAGGGCAGAGAUAACAGCCAUGGGGGACCUUGAUGAAGCAGUCCCUUUGCUGAACCUGGGCAAGAAGCUGAGCGUUCCCCAGGACUUGAUGAUGGAGGAGUUGUCACUACGCAACAAUCGAGGAUCUCUUCUCUUCCAGAAGAGGCAGCAAAGAGUGCAGAGAUUCACAUAUGAGUUUUCGGACAGCCAGCAGGCGAUGGUGGCCAGAAGCAAUGAGGAGCAGGUGACUGGAGCCGCGGAUUCCCGCAAUGUUGCCAACGGCCCCGGGAGGCAGAACUACAGCUCCCAGCUGCAGGUCCUCGCCGCCCCGGCCGGAGACCCCGAGCACGCUCCCGCAGCCAGCGCAGAGGGGCGCGCCCGUGGGCCCAGCGCCCUUGCGCCUGGCUACGCAGAGCCCCUGAGGGACGUCCCACCAGAGAAGUUCAACCACACGGCCAUCCCCAAGGGCUACCGCUGCCCAUGGCAGGAGUUGGGCAGCUCCCCAGAUUACAGGGUGGACAGUGGAUGUCACACCCCCAGCCUCACCGAGUACCGAAAUUUCAACAAGACCCCGGUGCCCUUUGGAGGACUCCUGGUGGAGGAUCCCAGUGCCAGAGCUGGCACCCUCUUCCUCCCAGAGCUCACAAGUGGCUUGGACCUCCUUCGCCUCAGACCCAACUUCAACAGAGUGGCCCAGGGCUGGGUCCGCCAGCUCCCGGAAUCCGAGGAGCUAUAAACCUUACUGAAGCUUUUAAUCCCCCAGUCUUACUAGAGUGCGGUAACACCUGACACCAGGACUUGUGAACAGCAGAUCACAGUGUGUGGAGGACCUUCCACACAAAAUCUGAUUGCAGAUAGCCUCAAAACUCACACAGAGCCUCUAUCCCCAUGGGGGUGUACUUUUCAAAUGAUCUGGGGACAUUGUUCCUCCACAACUGUCUAACACGCCUGAUUUGCAGCCUCAGAAUCUUCCGAGCUGGAAACAUUGUUCCCAGGCAGUGUUCAUGUUGCUUGUCCUUGGCUUGUGUCUGUAGGAAUCCAAACCAUCAAUGGAAUGGACACCCACUCCUGGCUGUUCAGGCAUUCCUGUUUAUACUCACUGCCCAACACAGCAAGCUCAUUUACCUGUGGAAAAGUCUGAUAACCCAAGAGCUUCUCCUUUUGUGGAGAUGUAGUUCAUGUUUGUCUCUUCCUUUGGUCAGUGUUUUCUUGGUACCCACUGUGUGUUGGACUCUAUCCCAGCCCCUGGAAGAGAGCCCUGUUAUGGAGGAGAAACAGAACAAGGAAAACAGAUUUGUAAAGCCUGAUAACUGAUAAGGAAGGAAUCAAGUGCUCUGAAACAGAAGGGGGUGGGGAGCAUUUCCCAACCCCAAGGUGGGGUGUAACUCUAGGAAGCUUCCCAGAGGGUCUGAGAAGGAUCUGGGAGUAGGAGUGAGAGUUUGUAUAGGUAGGGAAGACGGGGUGAUGGAGAGUGGACCAACAUGUGCAUGGUCAAGAUGUGGCAUGGUCGUAGAUGUGGAGAGUUCUGGAAAAGGAAGUGGGCUGGGUUAUAGGGGUCAGGGAGGGCCAGAGUGGGGUGAGCUCUAAGGAAAUGGAGUAAGAUGGCUGUGGUACUAGGGGUACAGACUGGAGAGGAGUGAGGCCGGAAUGCAGGGACAAGGCUUGCUACUAGGAUGGAAAGAUGGACAGUUUUCUGGGCAUCUUAUAGGAGAGGUACCAAAGGGGCACUUGGAAGAACUCUCUUCCAUCUCCUUUGUUCACCACCCUAAGUGGAUCCCAGGGUAGGUUGGGCCCCAGAUUCUACCAGCAGUUCCAGGCUCUGGUUAGGUUUCUCAGGAAAAGGAGAGGAAGGGAGGACUCUUUGUGCAGGUGGUGAUGGUAAUGAUGGUAAGGUUGAUGGCUGUGUUUUAUUGGGAGCCUCAGUGACUGUUUUUCUGUAUAUCUUAUUGUUCAUUUAUCAUAUGAUCCCAGAAGGGUGGGAUUGUCCCAGCUUACCCACAUGGUUAUCCAGGCCCAGAAGAGGGAAGUUGUUGGUAUGCUUCUAAUUCGGCUUCUAAAACCCCUUCUGUUUCAUUGGUUUACUCCCGCCUGAUUAACAUUGUAUUCUAUUUACAUAACCACUGUUAACUAAGCACCACCCUGCCUCCAGGGCAUUGGCUUAAUCCCCACUGGUUCACGAUGUCUUUUUGCUCCCCCCCCUCUCCUUGUCACACCCUGAUUUUCACCAACCUCUUUUCGCUCCACCCUCUCUAUGUCACAUCCUAUUUCCACCCUACUUGGCGAGUAUAUAUAAGGACAGGAUUGUGAUUAGGUAUAGCUUAGCUUAGUUUGUGCUGCGUUCCACAUGAAUAAAGUCUGAACU